CCACCCGAGGGCCAAAUUCCCCGAGCACUUUCCCACACGAUCCCUCCUCCCCUCACGAGCCGCACCCGCAUCCCAUUUCCAUCACCAGAGCUCGAAACCCUAGGCGGCGGCCAUGGACCCGGACGCGGUGGCGAAGGCGUUCGUGGAGCACUACUACCGGACGUUCGACAGCAACCGCGCCGGGCUGGUGGGGCUCUACCAGGAGGGCUCCAUGCUCACCUUCGAGGGCGACAAGUUCCUCGGCCCCGCCGCCAUCGCCGGCAAGCUCGGCUCGCUCCCCUUCCAGCAGUGCCAGCACACGGUCAUCACCGUCGACUGCCAGCCCUCGGGGCCCCAGGGAGGCAUGCUCGUCUUCGUCUCCGGCUCCAUCCGCACCGGACCCGAGGACCACCCCCUCAAGUUCUCCCAGGUGUUUCAUUUACUGCCAACUGGAGGGAGCUUUUUUGUGCAGAAUGACAUGUUCCGCCUGAAUUAUGGUUAAAGAACGCCAAAAACUAUUGUGGGAAACAAACUUGUUCAGGGCUCCAUGUUGAAAUGAUGGAUACUGAAUGACGCUGCUACUCAUGUCUGUUCCUGAGGUGCAGCAAUUUGUUGCGAGAUACUGCUAGACUUAUGCUUUGUGUUGGAUUAUUUCUGUUGUGUCUCUCAUGUACUGUGGUUGCUUGGCACCUUUUUCUGAGGAAUGUGAAUGAAGACUGGUCCAAAUUUA